UAUAUUAAAAAAACAAAAUAUAUAUAAUACUAGACAAAUACAUUAAAGAGAUUGGAAGAUGAUUGAAAGGUACCUGGAAAUUAAUGGCUGUAGUAGUAGAGAGGCUUAAAUACGGUGGGUAAAUACCAAAAACAAAGGUGAAUUAAGACGUCGGCCAAAAUUAAGCCGUUGAAGGGCAUGAUUGGUGGCAUAGAUGGCGGCUAUAUGAUUUAUGGAAGCAGCUUCCGGGAAGAAAACGGGUGACAAAAACGGACUUUUAACCUGACGACAAUCUAACCGUGUCGUAAAUGCCGUAAAAAUGGAAUCCGCUUCACCUAAAAUACUGGUGUCGGUGACUAACAGUCUGGCAACAACACAAAGCCUUGAUAUGAAGCUAUUAUAAUAAGGAAAUCAACACGUUCAGUCCCUCUUUGACCAAAAAAAUAUGAAGGUGAAAUCGGCCCAUGUGAUUUCCUCAAUUUUCAUGGAUGACUUAUAUGGGAUUUCAUACAGGGACGCCCCCAGUUACUGCCUUUGAUCAGCAUUGAAGGAAAUUGGCAAUCUCAACACGUGCGUGUCACAUGCUCUCUCUCAGUAUUUCUACUGUUCUAGACUACCAGUAUGGCUGGGCGGUUAAUUGAUCAUGUGGGGAGGGCAGGUUGAGUAAUUUAGAAGAGAAUGAGGGGGUGCUUUGUAAUGAGAGAGUGAAGAGAGUUUAAAGAAAGAAAGUGGUCUCCAACCAACGCCAAUCCAAAAUAGGUCCACCACCAUCUCCCAUCCUUUAUAAUCCAUCUAGCUACACUCCUCACAUUUCAGGGCUCAACCUCAAUUCCGAGCUCUCUUCUCUCUUCUCUCCUCGCCACGUCUUUUUCAUUCCCUUUAGAAUUCCGUAACAGCAAACAAGCAAAUCAGCAAACCAAGAGCAAUUGCAAUAGCAAUGGCGUCUCCGCCCGACACAAGCAAAACCACAAAGCUAGAGCGCUAUAACAGCUACAUCCGCCGAGUAAAUAGCACAAAACUCAUGGCUGCCUCCUCCAAGCUGCUAUUUAGAGCAACCCUUUUGGUGGCGUUGGUCCUCAUCUUCUUCUUCACCCUCAAUUACCCUCCGCUUUCCGAUAACCCCCACCACGUCCUCACCCACCAAAACUUCCUCUCCUCCGCCUUCUACGGUUCCGGCGCCUCCUGGGAGAAACAAGUCCGCCACUCCUCCACUCCUCGCCGCCCCAACGGGUUUUCCGUCCUCGUCACUGGGGCCGGCGGCUUCGUUGGCACCCACUGCUCCCUCGCUCUCAAAAAGCGGGGCGAUGGGGUCCUCGGCCUCGAUAACUUCAACGACUACUACGACCCAUCUCUAAAACGAGCGCGCCAAGCUAUGUUGUCCAAACACCAAAUCUUCAUAGUUGAAGGUGACCUCAACGACGCUCCUUUGCUCUCAAAGCUCUUCGACAUGGUGCCUUUCACCCAUAUACUCCAUCUGGCUGCUCAGGCCGGUGUGCGCUAUGCAAUGCAGAACCCUCAGUCCUACGUGAGGUCCAACAUUGCUGGCUUCGUCAACCUCCUCGAGAUCGCCAAGGCCGCCGAUCCUCAGCCUGCCAUCGUCUGGGCGUCAUCCAGCUCUGUCUAUGGCCUCAACACAGAGAACCCAUUUUCAGAGCUCCACCGAACAGACCAGCCAGCAAGCCUUUACGCCGCCACCAAGAAAGCCGGAGAAGAAAUCGCCCACACAUAUAACCACAUCUACGGUCUCUCACUCACCGGCCUGAGGUUCUUCACCGUGUACGGACCUUGGGGGAGACCCGACAUGGCAUACUUCUUCUUCACCAAGGACAUACUCCAAGGAAAGCCCAUAACCAUAUACCAGACUCAGGACGACAAGGAGGUGGCGCGUGACUUCACGUACAUUGAUGACGUGGUGAAGGGGUGCCUUGGAGCGCUGGACACAGCGGAGAAGAGCACCGGCAGUGGCGGAAAAAAGAGGGGUCCGGCCCAGCUGAGAAUUUACAACCUGGGGAACACGUCGCCGGUACCAGUAGGGAGGCUAGUGGGUAUUCUGGAAGGGCUGUUGAACGUGAAGGCCAAGAAGCACGUCAUCAAGAUGCCACGAAACGGCGACGUUCCAUACACACACGCCAAUGUGAGCUUGGCAUACAGAGACUUUGGAUACAAGCCCAGCACCGAUUUGGCCACCGGGCUGAGGCGGUUCGUGAAGUGGUACGUUAGUUAUUAUGGAAUUCAGACGAGGGUAAAGAAGGAAACGCUCAAAAGGAGCGACCAACUCGAGGAAUCCGAUUGAUCAUCUUCCAUCACACGCCUCUUCUUCAAUUUCUUUUUCCUUUUUUGCUAUUUUUUGGGUGAUUCUGUUGGUAAGUUAUUGCUGUGGUCCAUGCUGGCAUGCCGUAUCCGAUCAAUCGGUCGAUGCUGCCCCUUCCUGUUUGUAGUAUAGGUACAGAUGUUAUAUAAAAGAUAAAUGAAGAACAAAUUAUAAAAAAAAAAAAAAACCUGGAGGAAAAGAGAAGUGUAGAUCUAUGAAGGGUUGAAAUAAUGUGUUAAGUGUAACACAGGUGGUAUGGUGGGUCUGCAAGUAAAGACUGCAGAUCAGCCGUUCGAUUUGAAAUGAAAGAGUUGUGAUUGGAAAGAGAAUGAUGACAUCAAGAUUCUUCUUUUUGCUUUUCUUUAUUCAAUUAUUGGAAGUUUGUUUGGCCA